AUGUCAUCAUUAUUUCCAAAUAAUAUUUGUGAUAAUUAUAUAAAUACUAUCGAAAAUAGUAACAAUAACAAUAGUGAUAGUAUUAAAGAUACAUCAAAUAUUAACUCAACAUUAGAAAAUAGUACUUCAAAUAAUAAUAAUAAUAAUAAUAAUAAUAAUAAUAAUAAUAAUAAUAAUAAUAAUAAUAAUAAUAAUAAUAAUAAUAAUAAUAAUAAUAAUAAUAAUAAUAAUAAUAAUAAUAAUAAUAAUAAUAAUAUUCCACCCAGAUAUAAUAAACUUUCAACACCAGAAUUAAAACAACUUUUGAAAAAGAAUGUAAAUCAACAACAAUUAGAUAAAUUAAAUGAUGAAUUGAUAGAGUUAUUUAAAGUUUCAAAAAAGAGAAAAUUCAACAUAUUUAAAGAGAAUGGAAAGGUGAAUCAAUUAAAGUUUGAUAAUGAACAAUUAAAUAAUGAAAGUCAACAACUAGUUCAAAAGAUAGAACAAGAAAAAUCUCAUUGUCAAAACACAAUUAUUCAAUUUAAGAAUAAAGAAGAAGAUUUAAAAAAUCAAUAUCAGCCAUUACAGAUUCAAUCAAAUAAUCAAUCCCAAGAACUGAAACAAGUAAUGGACCAAGUGGCUCGUCAUCUCGAUCAAUGUAGAGCAACAGUUGGUUGUUUAGAAGCUUGUAUUGAUGAAACGAAUAAGAAAUUGGAUCAAGUGGCAAAAGAAAGAGACGAAGUAAUUAAAAUGAUUCAAAUAUUAGAAUGUUGUACCAAUAAAGAUAUAAAAAAAUAA